AUUUCUGUAGUUCCAGUGCGGGAGACUGCCAGCAAUGGGAGAAGUUCAGUGGGCAGAAACAAAGAGAAGAACAAGGAAGUCGAGAAUUUCAGCAAUUAAGAAAGGAUAAGUGGAAGGAGAAAAUGUUGGGCUGGUGCCAAGCGAUAGCUCGUAACCCUCACAGACUUCCAAACAGCACAAGAACACCCGAGGUCUCAGGUGAUGCUUCACGUAACUCUACUUUGAAUGACAAAUCCCCAGGGCGUUCCACAAGUCGAUCAAGCAACAUUUCAAAGGCAAGCAGUCCUACAACAGGAACAGCUCCCAGGAGUCAGUCACGGUUGUCUGUCUGCCCUUCCACUCAGGACAUUUGUAGAUCUACUACCUUGCAUGAUUUGUCAGAAGAUGAGCUUGAACAUGCAACCCCUGUUAUGGUGUUGACCCCUUCCAAUAGGGAGUCUGGUAAGAAACAAGUAAAACGAAGGUUUAGGCGGAAAAGAGAGACUGGAGACACUGGUGAGCAUGCAGAAAAGCAAGGAAAAGGGAAAGACUGUAAAUUGCAUCCUGAGCCUGCAAGGUCCAGUUGGAAUGCAUCUGAUUCAUCAUCAUCUUCAGAUGAGAGUCAGUGGGCUCAGGCUAGGAGGAGAGCAAGAGAAAAGGCCAGAAUACCCAGGAGAGGGAGAAGGAACACUAGAUCAUGCAUUAACCAGGAUGGGUCCUCAAACAAUAAUGCUGUUGAACUUGUCACUUUGGGGACAGUGGGGAAAAACAAGCAAGAGGUAUCUGACCCUGAGAAUCCUACUUUAAAUCACCGCCGAAGAAGGGUUCCAAGGCUAAAGGAAUCACAGUCUUCAGUGUCAUCUCAGGAAGCAAGGAUUUCCUCAAGAAAAUGUGGAAAAAGCAAAGGAAAAGGCUACUAUGGAGAUCGGCACCCUGCAUCUUUCCUUAGACACAGUAAAGAUUUGAAGGACUGCUUUGCAGAGGGAGGCUCUGGGAGUGAUGCUCUGGCAGUCCCCAAUAAUGGAGCACCUGCUGGGGCAGGGCCCAGUGUGACUGAUGAUGUUCAGAAGCCUUCAGUGUUGUAUGAUGACUUAUCUGAUGAUUUAGAAGUAUGCAGGAUCUGUCACUGUGAGGGAGAUGAUGAAAGUCCCCUCAUUACACCGUGUCGCUGCACAGGGACCCUGCGCUUUGUUCAUCAGGCCUGUCUGCACCAAUGGAUUAAAAGCUCAGACACACGCUGUUGUGAGCUCUGCAAGUACGACUUUAUAAUGGAGACCAAGCUCAAACCUCUUCGGAAGUGGGAGAAACUACAGAUGACAACAAGUGAGAGGAGGAAAAUAGUUUGUUCAGUCACAUUCCAUGUAAUUGCAAUUACCUGUGUUGUUUGGUCAUUGUAUGUUUUAAUUGACAGAACCGCUGAGGAAAUUAAACAAGGCAAUGAUAAUGGUGUCCUUGAAUGGCCAUUUUGGACAAAACUCGUGGUGGUGGCCAUUGGAUUCACGGGGGGCCUGGUCUUCAUGUACGUGCAGUGUAAGGUGUAUGUUCAGCUGUGGCGCAGGUUGAAAGCCUACAAUAGAGUGAUCUUUGUUCAGAACUGCCCAGACACCACCAAAAAACUGGAGGACAAGAACUCUUUGUGCACUCAGACCUCAGAUAUCAAGGACGCAGUAGUGGUGCCAGUAGCACAGACAGGUACAAACUCUCAGCCAGAAGCUGAAGAAAUGAUGUCUGAGGUCAUGCCAGUUUGACAGAGGCAGCACUGUUUCUUCCUUGCAGAAUAAGGCGUAGUGUUUUGUACACUACAGAUGCUAAAAGAGAGCAGAAACGACUGCAUUUUUUUCAGUUAAAAAGAACAAAAAAAACCCA